AUGGAGAGCAUCGACAGCAGCGGAGACGAUCGAACGAUUCAGAACCUUACGAACAACCUCUCGACUAUCUCCGCACUCCUCGAUGAUCCCCAGGCUCACGGUCUUUCGGGAGAGCUUAUGUUGACUUCCGGAACAAUCCGUCUAGCUACCGCACGCGACGAAGAGAGGCGCAAUAUGGUGUCGCAUGCCCAAUUUUUCUCGUCAGCGACAUACAUCUACAACUUCAUCAACCGUUCUACCAUCGGCAAUUCUACCACCAACGAUUCCGAAGAGAUUCGACGCUUGCGCGAGGCGUACGAACGCUUAAAAGCCCUUGCGGUCGAGCCACAACCUACGCAUGUGCAGCGCAAUGAAGUGAACAACGGCGCCACGUCUCACCAAUUCAUAGGAAGACAUCAGAACAACAACACAGGUGGAGGUUUCCAGCUAAAUGGUAACACAACCGGUAACACAGGUCAUUUCUAUCAGGGAAAUGGGCAGAGUGGAAGUCCAAACACUCAGGUGUAG